GUGUAAAUCCGUUUUGCUCGCAAGCGUAGGCAUUGCUAACGAAAAGUUUAUUUUUUUAAAUAAUUUUUCGAAAAAAAAGUGAUUAGAUGAGUGGUGCAGAGCUAUAGUUACCAAAAAAAGUUGGAGCUGACAAAAUAGUGAAAAGUGGAGUGAAAAAAUUCAAACGGGGAGCUGGUGGAAGCACGGCGGUAGUAGCAGUGAAAUAGCGCAGCAAAAGAAAAAACGAAGUCGGAAGCAGAAAAUUUUGAGCUGUAUUUCAGAACAUGGCAGGUAGAUAUGUGCGAGUGCCAUUACAGCCGAAUCCUGAGGAAGAUGUUGCUAUACAAUCAAGAUCUAAAUCGGCUAGAUACGUACGGGUACCCUAUUGUCCAAGCUCGGAAAACACAGAAUCGGCUAAUGCAGAAUCUGAAAUGUCUAACCUAAAUGCCAAACAAACAAACCAGUCAGCUGGGCAUGCAUCAAAAAAAGUCACCGAAGCAACUUGUAAAGUUCAACCACCUGGAGGACCAAACGACCAUCGCCUUGAGGUGCUCGAAAAGGCUGUCGUAGAUUUGGCUCAAAUAAUGGUUGAAAAGGAGAGACUUAACAAUAAGCCACCUGCAAUAGAUACGAACUGGGGAUACGUCGGCGAUGAUGCGAUCGAGAAUGGAAAUUCACAAGCUGGAGGCAUUACAAUCAGGUUGGAUCAAUUACCUUCGUUCCCGAAGGAUGUCCCAUCAAACCGUUUGUGGGAAGAAUGGAGAAAGUACUUGGAGAAUUACGAGAUAGCAGCGUCACUUCACCAGAUAAUUGAACCAAAUAAGCUAGCUAAAGUGUUGUUCCUGGCGGUAGGAGAAGAUCUACAGAGAAUCAUAAGAGCGGCAAGGUUGCGACCAAAUUUGGAAGGUCCCAAUUGUUACAACGUUUUCGUCAAAAACGUCGAUGAUCAUUUGCGUUCCAUGACCGAUACAACAACGGAGCACGAAUCUUUCCUGGCAAUGCGUCAAGAAGUCGGUGAGUCAGCCGUGACUUUUCACGCCCGUUUAGUUGAUCGUGCACGAUUGUGUGAUUACGGUCGUGGUGAUGAAGAGCGCUUCGUACGAUCUCAACUGAUUAAAGGAAUGCGGGACCAAGAAAUAGCCAAAGCUGCUCGACUUUUUAACUACGAAUCUAACUUCAUCGUACAGGCGGCAACGCGAAGCGAAGCAUGCGAGCCUGUAAAAACGCCAAGUACUGAGACAGUACUGGCGAUUGACAACAGAACCAAUCCAUUACGCUCAUCAGGUAAAAGAACAUUCCAGAUGAGAUUUGAUCAGCCUAGCAGAGGACGAAACACCCGCUUCCGAGGAGCUGACGAUCGUACAUCUACCAAUACCAGGGGCAGGCAAGUCAAUAAGCAGCGAGGAUUUGGACGAGGAAAACGGAGCAAAUGCUCCCGCUGUAGCCGUUGGGCUCAUGAAACCCCUCAGAUGUGCCCGGCGCUUAAAUCACAGUGUUUCGAGUGUGGUACCGUCGGACAUUUCGCAUCUAUGUGUCGCAAAAAGGGAGGAAACCACACUGGCAGCUUGGAUCGCAAACGCGAGGAUAGUUCUACUUUAGAUCAGGUAUGAUUUUAUUUUCAACGGAUAACCAAAUCAAAUUUAUGUACUUUGAGU